CAACCAACACCUUCCAUCACACCAACCUCAUACCAGAGCCAUGUCCGCUACUGCUGGACCUGUGCCUACAUCAUUGGCCCCCUCUGCUGGAGGAGGUGGUGGUCAGCCGCGCCAGCAAGGUAGCUUCAAGACCCAGGACAAGCCGGAUGAAGUGCGCCGCUCGAAUCUGGGCGCUGCAAAGGCCGUCGCUGAUGCCAUUCGAACAUCGCUGGGUCCCAAGGGAAUGGACAAAAUGAUCCAGACACCCACAGGCGACGUAGUCAUCACAAACGACGGCGCCACAAUCCUCAAGCACAUGGCCGUCAUGCACCCUGCGGCUCGUAUGCUCGUCGAACUCUCUCAAGCCCAGGACGUGGAGGCAGGAGAUGGUACCACGUCCGUCGUAGUAGUCGCUGGGUCACUCCUCGGAGCCGCAGAGAAGAUGCUCAACAAGGGCAUUCACCCGACUAUUAUCGCCGAGUCCUUCACGCGAGCCGCCGCGAAAGCUGUCCAAUUCCUUGAAGAGAUUGCCACGCCUGUCGACCUCAAUGACAAGGAGAGCCUGCUGCGCGCUGCGAGCACGUCGCUGAAUUCCAAGAUCGUCUCGCAAUACUCGUCCGUCCUCGCCCCGAUAGCAGUCCAGGCAGUCACGCGUCUCAUCGACCCCUCAGCUUCUGCUACUCUCCCUUCCAAGUCGUCAACCGAUGCUUCCUCCUCUUCCGCUCCCGGAGCAAGCAGCGCCGCUCCUACGAGCAAGGCCGCCCUCUCCUCCCAGGACAAGUCGGCCUCUGCCUCGGUCGACCUGCGUGAUAUCCGCAUCGUCAAGAAGGUUGGCGGAACAAUCGACGACACAGAGCUCAUCGACGGCGGUCUCGUCCUCGAGCAGAACGUCGUUUCUGGCUCUGGCGGGCCGACGCGAAUGGAGAAAGCCAAGAUUGCAGUUUGUCAGUUCCAACUGAGUAGCCCCAAGCCGGACAUGGACAACCAGAUCGUGGUAAACGACUACAGGCAGAUGGACAAGAUUCUCAAGGAGGAGCGACAGUACCUGCUCAACAUGUGCAAGAAGAUCAAGAAGACGGGAUGCAAUGUUCUGCUCCUGCAGAAGUCCAUCCUGCGCGACGCGGUAAAUGAUUUGGCGCUGCACUUCCUUGCCAAACUGAAGAUUCUUGUGGUCAAGGACAUUGAGCGAGAGGAAGUCGAGUUCAUCACGCGUACGCUCGGAGCAAAGCCUGUGGCGGACAUUGAGGCCUUCACCGACGACAAGCUGGCUAGCGCAGAUCUGGUCGACGAGGUGCAACAGAACGGGGCGAGAGUGUGCAAGAUUACCGGUAUCAAGAACAUGGGACGUACGGUCUCCAUUCUUUGCACCGGAGCCAACUCCCUCGUCCUUGAGGAGAGCGAGCGCUCCCUCCACGACGCUCUCUGCGUGGUGCGAUGCCUCGUCAAGAAGCGCGCCCUCAUUGCCGGCGGAGGUGCUCCAGAGGUGCACGUCUCUCGCCUCCUAGCAGCGCACGCUCAAACCCUCAAGGGAAUGGAAGCCUACUGUUUCCAAGCGUACGCAGAGGCACUCGAAGUCAUCCCUACCACUCUGGCGGAGAAUGCCGGGUUGAACCCCAUUGCCAUCGUGACGGAGUUGAGGAACAGGCAUGCGUUGGGCGAGAGGACGGCGGGAAUCAAUGUUAGAAAGGGGCAGAUUACCAACAUUCUCGAGGAGAACGUGUUGCAGCCGCUCUUGGUGAACACGUCUGCGAUCUCACUGGCUAGUGAGUGCGUGUCGUUGAUCCUCAAGAUUGACGACUUGCUGCUGUCGAGGUGAGAGAGAGAGAAGUAAAAUGAUAAUAGAUUGAGGAGCAUGUGGCAGCUAUGGGUAUCACAUUUGACUGCCAGUAAUCAACGCUGUCCUCUCGCUCGACGUAUCCGUGUGCCGCUCGCUACAGUAUCCUUCCCAUUCCCCUACAAGCACUACAAGGACCCUCGUCUCCCCAGAACCAACUUGUCUUUGCACCCGAGCCGUUGCACUUCCAACACAAGUAGCCGCCGAUACGCGGGUCUCCUGGUUGUACGACGAGGGGUCGGGCCGGCUGGACGUGGCCGUGAGGGCUGAAGGGAGGCUGAUGGUAGGGUUGAUAGGAGGACUGGUAGGCGUUGUAGGAUGAAUGAUGAGGUUGGUAGGAGCCUCCCCAUCCUUGCUGGUGCUGUUGGUGCUGCUGGUGCUGGUAGGGCUGGUGAGGCGGAGGGCC